UCCCAGCAGCGGGGUCUCCUGCAGCCAGUAGCCAUCUAGAUUGAGGACCAGCCCCAUCCCUCCUCCUCCCCUUCCUCCUCCCCAAACACACACUCACACUCAGACAUGCCUGGACACUAUAUUUAGCUCCCCUGCUCUAUGGUUUAAUUUGUUUCACUCAUAGUGCCACCUCCUCUUCCCUGGCAGUGCCGAGCCUGGCACCCUCUGUCUCCUGCUACCCAGACCAUCGGUAUCAUUGGAGGGAUUUACACCCAUCAUUGGAAAUCUGUCAAAUAAAAACACAAAAACGGGGUUCCUGCAACAUCUGGACACUCACCCCCUGUCCACUCUACCAGGGGUGAAGGCCCACCCAUGAGCCCAGACUUCCAGCAUUACAGCUUCAGAAUGCCUAACAUUGGUUUCCAAAACCUUCCUCUCAACAUCUACAUCGUGGUGUUCGGCACUGCAAUUUUCGUCUUCAUCCUCAGUUUACUCUUUUGCUGCUACUUGAUCAGGUUACGGCACCAGGCAAGAAAAGAACUUUAUGCUUACAAACAGGUCAUAUUAAAAGAAAAAGUAAAAGAACUUAACCUGUAUGAGAUGUGUGCAGUUUGUUUAGAGGAAUUUAAACCAAAGGACGAACUGGGGAUUUGUCCGUGCAAACAUGCCUUUCAUAGAAAGUGCCUCAUUAAAUGGUUGGAGGUGAGAAAAGUUUGCCCGCUUUGCAACAUGCCCGUCCUCCAGCUAGCUCAACUGCACAGCAACCAGGAGCAUCGACCUCCACAAGGACCUCUGCCUGGGGCAGAGAACAUUGUAUAGCUUAAAGCCAACCUGCCCUGGGUCACCCAUGCAAGGAGCCACAGAUUUCAUGCCCAUGACCCGCUUCCUCAAUGCAUCCCGUAUAAUUAAACUUAGCCUGUCGAAGCCACAAUGUCCUUGGGCAUGGAUUUGUGAACUCAACAGCAACCAAAGCACUUUUGGUGCCAUCGAUAGCAGGAGACACAGAACACAAAGGGAGAUAGCAACAGUGUUUGGCCUUGGAAGAGCACUUUAGAAGAUUUCACUGAAACUUGCAAUUGUUUAUUAUAACUAUUAUUAUUAUUAUUAUUAUUAUUAUUGUUAUUAUUAUAACUAUAUGUAUAAUUACUAUAUUACUGGAAGCUUCACUGUGCCAGGAGAAAAAGAAUUGCUAGUGUCUCCUAAAAGGAGAGGGUACAGAGGGUUUUAAAAAUCAAACAAACAAAAACAUAGAAAAUUGGAGUAAUGAAUGAGUGUAUCUGCACACUGCGCAAUUAGCUUACUUUAAAUGUGCACAUCUGGUUGUUUUACAUUAGAAAGAACAUCUGCACAUCUUGUCCGCAAUGUGCACAUCUGGAAACUGGAAGCAUAAAUGGAUUUUAUAUAUAAAAAGAACCCUGACAAAACAAAACACAAAAUAGGGCUGAUUUUAGACCAAAAUGCCAAACCUUCAAGAAGUAUUAUGGGAUGUCGGUAUGUGAGUCAUGUGAUGUUAUAACGCCCAAUUCUCCUUCUCUAGGAUAGUCUUCAGUAGAGCACGGUUUCUAGUGGUGUGGUAGGGUUUAUUAGACAGAGCUGUGUGGUCGCUCACAGCUGGACAUCGUAAAGACUAUUCCUGCCAAAUAAUACCGUCCUGUCCUUUUUGCACUGCAGAUCUGGCCCGUUGAAGUGAAUGUACUUUUAAUAUUUUCUUUAGCAUUUUUUCAACGUCAAUAUCUGCUGCUUUUAGUGUUUGGGAUUUUAGUUUGUUUAUUUAUUUUUUAACAUCAGUAAUCAUGGUUAAGAUGUUUCAUCCUGUAGGUGAUAACGCACCUGAAGAGCGUGUUUACAGAAUAAUAUUUAAAGAUUUACUGGUUUAUUUAACCAAGCUGAAGUCCCCCCUCCCCUAUUGGCUAAUCUAUUGUUUAAAUUGUGAGCAACUUGCGAAAACCUCUGCAAUUCAUUAUAUAGCGAAUAAUAUUCUUAUCAAUAUGAUCAAUGUGGGCAGGAGACUUUAAAGCCUCUGAGUGCCAGAGGGCGAGAUAGGCAGUAGAUAACAAUGUCUUGCUUACUUUUCUAGCACUUAGAACUUUAAAGAGGCACGGUAACUUGGAUUGAUCAAUGGGUUCCUGCUCUCUUCUAGCAAUAUGCAAUACAUCAUGGGAAGCAGGUAGUCUAAGUCGGAUCAACAGGUCCGCCAUGUUUUUCUAGACCAAUAUCAUGUCUUUGUGCUGAUGGGUAGUGUAUGGAGCUUAAAUAUUUCAAAUGACUGUUUGCAUUUAACAUGUCAUUUCUCAAUACUGCAGGUCAACUUUUUUAUGUAUUGCACAACAGCACGAAGAAGUGAUAUUUGUCUAGGGAAGGCAUUUAAAGCUUGUCUUGAUUUCAAGCCAAGGGCAAUUAUUUUAUUAAGAUGCACUGAAGCUUAGUACUGUUCACUCAACUUAGUCCAAGGAAAAAGUGCUUUAAACAUGCAAUCUUCCCCCAUUAUUGUUUUCAAAAUAAACAACCACAAACACAUAUAACCAUGCAUAUUGGCUAAUUAUAUUAUGGAUUGGCACAGACUCUACCAAGAUGAGAGACUUUUAUCACAAAGUCAAACAAGCAUGGGAAUGUAACUGCUAGUAACACUGUGAGAAAAGAAACCUCAAAUAAAAGGGGUGUUUGUCUCACAUUGGGUAAUAGUUGCCAAACCCAUGUUGAGAAACAUUGACUCACUGCUGCCACCUAGUUGUAGACACCUUGUAGCCAAGUACAACUAAAAAGUCAAAUUUAAUUUUAGAGAUAAUAGAGCACUUAAUGUUUUCUUGAACAGGAGAUUUGUAUUCAUUUAGAUUCAUUCGUUUUUUAACUUUGACCUUCCUCUAAUGUACAGAUGCCAAGUAAUUGUCUUACAUAUUGUUCCCCUGUGUUGUUAAAUUGACCUUUUCAGUGCGAUGAAGUGUUUAUAGGGGCAGUUAUAUGUCCUGUUUAUUUUUUGUUUGUUUUUUUGUCAUGAAAGCAGCGAUCUUCAUGCAGUGGUCACUAGUAUAGUUUGGUCCAGCCUAGUAAAUAUUAGUUUUCUUUUGUAAUAUACCACAGUGAAAGCAACACAGCUAUGGUGAUUGUACGAUUCUUAGCCAGCUUAGAGGGCCACCACAGCUGUAAUUCAAAAUGCUUUACCAUCACUGGUCUACUUUCUUCUUUGGGAAGGUACAUGCCUUGUCCUGUAUCUGAUCAUCUGUAAUAGUCCUAGAUUAGAAUGUUGGUCUCCAACCUUUGUCCAUACAUCUACUCCAGCUUUGACAAAAAUAUUGCCCGUAAGUGACGCCGCCUUAAGGCUGACAGGGCAUUAUGGGUGAUGUGGUACAACUAAGUAUGUACUCUGAAUGUACGUUUUGUCAAUCUCUCAUCUACACCAUCAUUAUAACUUUUUUGUUGUGUUAAUUGAGGGAAAUAGAACGAAGGCCAGAGUGGUAUCCUGGUAAAUAUACCAUGACACAUAGUUUAUCCAUUCUGAAUUUGUUUUAAAAAUGUGUAAUCGAGUGGAAAAAAACGGUUCCACAGCUUCUAUAGCAACUAUGUUAAAUAACUGUGUGCUUUAUACUGAAACUAUACUAUUAAUUUAUAUAUACCCAGUUUUCGGUCUGAAAACGUCUGCUAGUAUGUGACUAGUUUAAAUUCUGUAUCAUUGAGUGAACGAGUAGUGAUCACAGUAUUCUUACUGAGCUACGAAAUUUAGAAUGACCUGUUUUAUUAUUUACUAAAGAAUAAUUUGACAUCAUAAAACUAUUUUUAUUAGUAUUUCUACAGUGUGUUUUAUCACUUGUUUACAGAAUUGCUUUGAAAGCAUUAGAAAUGUUGAGAGUUUAUUGGCGUUCCUCCACUUGAUUUAUUUUAUUUAGUGGGCAGCAAAACUGGCCACUUCAGCCAAGUGCAGGUCCUACUGAAUCAUGUCAGACAUUUUGGAUAACAGUAGUGAUGAUUUAAACAAACAAAAAAAAAAAUCUCUGCAGAUUACUGCACCUUAAAUAUACUAAUUAGAUUGUAACAUUCGCAUUUUAUAUAAUCGUAUGUGUAUUUGAUGCUGCCUUUCAAUAGUGUCCUGGGGCAGGCAAACAUAGAACAUGGUUCAACCCCUUAAGGACCAAGCUUCUGGAAUAAAAGGGAAUCAUGACAUGUCACACAUGUCAUGUGUCCUUAAGGGGUUAAAAAAAAUAUAACUUGCUGUAAUCCUUGUCUUGCCAAGCCUCCUCAGUUCAUAUGGUUUCACUGUUCGUUUACUUUGUAGCUAGACAACUGAAGGUGCUGUGAUCUAUUGUCAACCGUUAAACAAUUUAGAAUGUUGAUCUUGGUCUUCAGAGGUGAAAUAAAGAUUAUCUUUAACAAGAAAAAUGUGAGUCAACACCUGCAAGCAUGUAUUCCAGCUUAAAGGGACAAGCCAAGGUGUGGAAUAUCGCUUAAUUUUUAAUUUCAUUGUGAAUCUGAUGCAUCGAAAUUUGCAUCUUAAAAAAAAUAA